AUGGCGGCCGCUGUUGAGAGCGCACUCGAUCAAUUGAAAAGCUGUCCGCGAGAGACACGCCGCACAGUCUUCCACCAGUUGUGGCGCGACGGCCAAAUCAGACGCAAUGGCUUCACACUCUUUCAGUACCACGUCGUUCCAGCAAUCUUGGAGGAGCAGCGCGGCCUGAGUCCCAGCGCAGUAUCAGUGCAUUAUGCAGAAAUCAGAGCAGGACUGCGAUGGAGCUACGCCGGCGAGGAGCAAGAGAACUUCUGGAGACGACAAACACAGGACCUUUUUAAUGGCAGCAUCGCUCCCCUGCAGCCCGAGACGUUCGAGAAUUAUCUGCAAGCUCACUACGAUGCCUUUGUCGAAACACCGCCAGAGCUUUGCCGUGAUGGUCAGGAGCCUGAGAAUGAGAUCGAUCUCAGAGACUUGCACAUUCAAGCCACCGCACAGCAACUUGUACCAACUCCUGCUUUGAAAGCUCAACUCCAUUUGCAUGAAACGCCGAUCAGCAACAGCGACAUCGUUACUCCAGCGAUUGAGGAUCCACGCCCAAGGUUUGCACCGCCAGAUGCACCAUCUCCCCCGAAGCCCGUCAAAGAAGAUGUUGUGCCGGACGCUGAUCUAGUUGUCGAGGAGCCUGCCAACCCCCAGGUGCAUCCUCCCUCGCCCAUUAUCUUCCCAACACAUAAAUUGUGUCCUCAAACAGUGUCAAAGUCACCGGCGAGCCGAGCGUCCGCCAUUGAGCAGAAGAUACAUAUCUUGAACAGGCUGACACCUGGUACUGAGUUGUGGCGACUUCGCUGUACGAGUCUCGAUCCCAUGGUAGACAAGAGUGGUUUCACUCUAUUCGAAUACCACAUCAAGGCUUUGGCUCGCCGUGGCUGUCAAGCCGCAAUCGAAGCGGACACUGAACCUGGACGCUUCUCGAAGGUGUGGAGAAGUAUGUUGGACCAUGAGCGAGAUGAGUGGCGGGUCGACACAAUGAGUUUGAAAAAUGGACUGCAGAAUAUCCCCCAGAAAGAGGUGCUGAACCAUUUCAAUACCAAGAACUUCUCCAGUCGACUACGCCGGUAUCAGGCUCGGAUUAUCGGUUCCCUACACGCAUAUUUGCGCGACAACAGCGCCGCACCAUUUCAGUUUGACCGAACUUCGAUCGUCGAUGUACUGCUCGGAACCUCGUCUACAGGAAUCGAGCCGGAUGUCUUGAUCCACGCCAUUCAUCGAUCCCUCAUGCAUCGUGGGAUAUUGGAUUCAGGGCUGCUACUACGGUUCCGCUGUCGGGGCAUUCUUUUAUUUUACGACGAGCAGUCGCCCGGUGAAGAAGACGGCAUGAAACGACUGAGAAAUGUCGCCUGGCGUGGUUUGACACCCGGAGAUGCGCCCACAGGUUGUCAGGAUCCAAUCAUGGCCAUGAACGCAAUACUAAAGCCACUAGUAUACUUCAACCGCGACAGGAAUGUUUUCGCGGACAUGGAACAUGUUGAGUUUGGCGACGAGGAGAUCGUGGGAUACAGUCUGGACACUCACAAGUCAUUGAAGUGGGCGCAUACAGUGAUCAGGAAGAUGUCCCCAUUGACGCCGGCACUCAAGGAGCCCACAGACUCCGGCGCAGAGUCACGGGGUGAAGAGUGGAGUCUGGAAACAAAUGCUAGUGGACUUGCCGCGAAACUCUUGCGCUGCUUCGACCGGGAACGGCUCGACCCAAGAGCAUACGAAGAUUUGAUGGAGCAAACAAUGUGGGCAUUCUUCCAGCUCGAUGCGGAGUUGGCAGAUAGAAUUGACCCCUCUGGACGGAGGCGUGAGAAGGCCAGGAGAGAAGCUAGAGGAGUUUAA